GUAGGUCUUCAACCUUCACUCUCUUGCUUGAUUUCCUUGCAAAUGGCUGCUAUGAGGCUUUUCCUUUUAAUUGGUAUAGUAUUCCUCUUCAGUGACAAGACCUAUGCCUCUGCUCUCCAAAGUGAUCAGGUUUUGUGGGUUCUUCCACGAUCAGACUCACAAGUUGAAUUCCUCCGGAAUUUGACCACUACUUUUGAGAUUGUGCUUUGGCAACCUGACUCACCCAGGAACAUCAAGAAAAACAAAGAGGUACAUUUCUAUGUCAAUGUAUCUGAUGUCAAUGAUGUCAAAGCAACACUUGACCGGUCUGCCAUUGUGUACAGAGUUUUACUGGAAGAUGUCCACAGGAUUAUUGAGACACAAACUGUAAAUGACACCGUCACCCCUCGUAGCUCCAGAUCAUUUUACGAACAGUAUCAUUCUCUAAAAGUUAUAUAUUCCUGGAUUGAUGAUAUGGCUGAAAAACAUACUGAUUUUAUCCAAAAAAUAUUAAUUGGAGCUUCCUAUGAGAAACGGCCACUGUAUGUUUUGAAGCUUUCAAAUGGCGACAGAACACCAAAAAAUGCAGUUUGGAUUGACUGUGGCAUUCAUGCCAGGGAAUGGAUUGCUCCUGCCUUUUGUCUCUGGUUCACAGCAUAUGCAACUCAGUCUCUCAACAGAAAUCCUCGAGAAUCAAUAGAUGUGUCAAUGGCAGAACUUUUACAGCAUCUUGAUUUCUAUAUCAUGCCAGUAAUGAAUGUAGAUGGCUAUGAAUACACAUGGACUAAUAAACGAAUGUGGAGAAAAAGCCGUUCAGAGCAUGGCAACAACAUAUGUGUUGGCACAGACCUGAACAGAAACUUUGAUGCAGGCUGGUGUGGUACAGGUGCAUCUGACGAUGACUGUGAAGAGAUAUACUGUGGACCUUACCCUGAGUCUGAACCGGAAGUAAGAGCUGUGGCUAAUUUUAUCAGAAAGCACAAGGAUCAGAUUAAGGCAUACAUAACAAUGCACUCUUACUCCCAGAUGGUUUUGUUCCCAUAUUCUUAUACUACAAAUAAAAGUAAAGAUCAUGAUGAACUGCAAUUUCUGGCUAACAAAGUAGCUAAUACCAUUAGACUUAAACAUCAAAACCGCUAUCUGGCAGGCUCCGGUGCACAAACCAUAUAUUUAGCUCCAGGAGGUUCAGAUGAUUGGGCAUACGACCUUGGCAUAAAAUAUUCUUUCACUUUUGAACUGCAAGACAAAGGACGAUAUGGAUUCUUGCUUCCACAGCGUUUCAUUAAACCAACUUGCUCUGAAGCACUCACUGGAAUCAAAAUAAUUGUUUCACAUGUUAUAAAAAAUAUGUGAAGUACUUAAUUUAGCAUUGUACAUUACAGCAUCAGUCAACUUGCCUGACAGCCUAAUGCCUCUAAAAUUGCUAUAAAAUAAUGAAAUUAUUUUAAUUUCAAUAAAAAUAAUGUUUUGUGAG